UUGACAGAUGAACUAAACAGGGUGGAUGAAAAGCUGAAAGCAACUGAAGCCCUUCUGGAAAGCAAGAAUCUUGAGAUUAAGAAAAUAAAUGAUGAGAAAAAAGCAGCUUUGGCUGCACAAUUUGCAGCGGAAGCCACACUUCGAAGAGUUCAUGCUGCACAAAAAGAUGAUGAAAUGCCCCCCAUUGAAGCCAUCAUCGCUCCACUGGAAGCAGAGAUUAAGCUUGCUAGGCAGGAGGUAGCAAAGUUGCAGGAUGACAACAGAGCACUUGAUCGGCUUACGAAAUCCAAGGAGGUUGCUCUAGUUGAGGCCGAGAGAACUGUUCAGAUUGCUAUGGUAAAAGCAUCCUUGGUUGACGAUCUGCAAAACAAAAAUCAAGAGCUGAUGAAACAGAUUGAAAUAUGCCAGGAGGAGAACAAAAUCCUUGACAAAAUGCACCGGCAAAAGGUGGCUGAGGUUGAGAAGCUAACACAAACCGUUCGUGAGCUUGAGGAGGCUGUUUUAGCCGGUGGAGCUGCUGCCAAUGCUGUGCGUGAUUACCAGCGUAAAGUGCAGGAGAUGAAUGAGGAGAAAAAACUGUUGGAACGGGAGGUGGCUCGUGCGAAGGUCUCUGCAAAUAGGGUUGCCACUGUUGUUGCAAAUGAGUGGAAAGAUUCCAGUGACAAAGUGAUGCCUGUAAAACAAUGGCUUGAAGAAAGGAGAUUUUUUCAGGGAGAAAUGCAACAACUUCGAGACAAAUUGGCAGUAGCUGAGCGUACUGCAAAGGCAGAAGCACAAUUAAAGCCUCUUCUUAACAGUCAAGCAUUAAUUGAUUUCUUAGGAAAAAUACAACUAAGAUUCAAGGUUUUGGAGGAAAAGUUUAAAGCAUCGAAUGGAAAAUCCCGCCCAUCCUCAGAUGCAAGAAUCAUCAGCAAUGGGCCUUCAAGGCUUCAGUCUCUUGGUGGAGCUGAGAACUUCUCUAGAGCGUCCUCUAAUGGCUAUCUAUCUAGGACAAAAUCGAAUUUACAAUCUGGUUUCAACAUUGCUACUGCAAUAUUGAAACAAGCCAAGAGUUCAUCUAGAUUGUUUGAUGGUGGUAGUAGAUUGCUAGACAGAGAUAAGCUAGUCAUAGAUGCAACUGGGAAAGAUAACACAAACAGUGUGUUUGCCAGUGAUCAGACUCAGAUGGAUGAGACAAUUGGUAGACAUGAGGAGAGGGCAAAUGGAUCUUUGGCUGAACAAUCCAGGACAGAGCAUGAAGAUUAUGUUUCUGGAGUGCUGUAUGAUAUGUUACAGAAAGAGGUCGUAUCUUUGAGGAAAGCUUGCCAUGAGAAAGAUCAAAUCCUCAAGGACAAGGAUGAUGCAAUUGAGAUGUUGGCAAAGAAGGUGGAUACACUUAACAAAGCAAUGGAGGUUGAGGCCAAAAAGAUGCGGAGAGAAGUAGCUGCCAUGGAAAAAGAAGUCUCUGCUAUGCGUGUCACCAAGGAGCCUGAUCAGAGGGCACGGCGCUCAAGUGCUCCCCGAGGGGUUGUAAAUAGCUCUCAUACACUUUCUUCUAGGAAUGCACACAAGUCUAGGUGAUUGACAUGGCCGUGACACGAUGGCCACAUCAAGGGCGCCACACCAAUUCUUCGGAUCUGCAAUCAAUAUAAUUGUAUGGUUUUGUCAUGAUUUUUCGCUCGUCUCCAUCUAUUUAAGUUGUAAAGAACUGACUUGAGGUUUCUCAGGUCACCCUGCCUUGUAUAUUUCUUUUGUAGUAAUAUUUCCCGGAAAUAUACCACCGAGGGUGGCAUGAAAGUUAUGAAAGAGAUGUGGCUUGUUAGAUGCUUUUCAAGGAAACUGCGGACAUGUUAAAACUCUGUAUACCAUAACAUAACUGUAUAUUGGUAAGGAAGUUCACGUUAAUUCAA